AACCUUGGCCUCCACAGCGCCAGGUGAGUGCCUUGCCCCUGAAUUACAUCCCCAGCCCCAGCUUCUUAAAUUGGUAAUGGAGACUUAAAUUCUUUGUGCAAACUGAGGCCCUUAGUUGCCAUUAUAUAGAACUGGGAUACUUUUUGCCUUCCAGCCUCAAUCUCUUUAUGCCUGUGUGCCAAAUAAUCUAGCAAAAAAUAGAGUUUAAAUGUUUGUGACUGCCUGCUCCCUUCAUAUUACGUUCAAAAGGAGGAAAAGAAAACAAGCCACUUAGGCAGCAAGCACCGCAAGCCUUAUCUUCAGAAAAUACUUAAGGCGAAGGAGCGAACGUGUGCCACCGUGCUUCGGCAUCACGGAGACCAGUGGCCUGGCUGGGUGGCCUCCAGCGUCAGGCCCUCCAAGAGGGCCGGCGCAUUUCCAGUAACAGUCUCAUUUUUCCCCAUCUCCCGGGGGAUGGAGGGCGGCGAGCCGCUGAUGGCGUUUGCUGACAUCACCGGUUCCGGACGGUGAGGAGCGGGGCGCCCGGCCCACAGCCCGCCGCUGCCGCAGGAGCCCCGCGCUCCCGCCUGGCCGCGCUCCCGCCCUAAUAUGGCCAAGCCUCGGGGGAGCCCGGAGCGCUCGCGUUCCAGGCUCACCGAGGGGAGGCAGGGGACGAGGUUUAGAGUCAGACACAAUGUGAAGGGUCGGGGUUCGCUACUGGGCGGGUUGCAAGCGGGCACCGUAGAAGCGCCAGCCUUGGGUCAUCAUCAAUCACUGAACAAAACCCAGCCACCACAGUGUCCCCGGGACGCUGUGGGCCCCCUUUUCUCGCUGUCCCUCCCACCUUCUGCAGCCCUAGGGCAGCCCCGCGGCUCCUGCCCCAGUUAGCGGGUGGCGCCUUGGGGGUCGACGGGCGUCUCCCCGAGACCUAGGUGGCGCCGCGCCCCGGUGCCGGUCGCGCUGGCGGUCCAAGCGCCCGCCCGGGAUGCUGCUGCUAGGCGUGUCCGGGCUGCGCUCAUGUGAUGGAGCGAGGGAGCGACGGGGCGGGGGAGGAGGGCAGGGCGGGGAGGAGGCGAAGAGGUGGUGGCUUUUUUUUUUUUUUUUUUUCUUUUAAGGAGUUUGCAGCGGGCGCAUCGCUCCCAUUCGCAGUCCCGGCGCGUUCACGGUAGGACGCGGUGAAGGAGGCGCUCCUGGCACUCGCGGGCGCGCGUCUUCUCGGAUUUGGGGAAGGCGUCUCCAGUGCGAGUCAUGGGCGCCGGGAGCUCCAGCAGGCAGCGCGGACCCGAGCCGGCGCCGGCUGGGGGCGAAGCUCCGGCUGAGCCAGAGCCCUCCAGCGGCCCCGCGGAGGAGGCGGCGCCCGACCCCGCCGGGGACCCCGCCAUCGCCGCCGUGGACCCGGCCACCAAGCUCCUGCAGAAGAACGGUCAGCUGUCCACCGUCAAUGGCUUGGCUGAACAAGGAGAGCUCAUCCUCCAGGAGGGAGCCCAGAAUGGCCAGGAGGAGGAAGUCAUUGUCACCGAAGUCGGACAGAGGGAGCCUGAAGAUGUAAGGAAGAAAGACUUGGGCAAAGACACAGCUGCCAACUCUGUGGCUGUUGAGGACGUCACACAGGACAAGCAGGAGGAAAUGCCGGAAAUGAUUGAACAGAUUCCUUCUUCAGAAGGCAGCUUAGAAAAGGCAACACAGCCUCCUGAGGCCCCGGCUGAUGACAUUGGGGAGCCCCGUGUGGAGACUGGAGAGGCAGCAGCCAAAGGGAGUGAACGGAAGCUCUCCCUGGGGAAGGCGGAAGACACCCUGAAGCACCAGCAACAUGACACUGAAAUUUCUCUCACCGCUGGGUCUGGCCAAGCAGCAGCAGAAGGCGGGGAUGAAGGAGAAUCAGCGCUGGAGAAAGAACCCACUAAGUCUCCCGAGUCUCCCACCACCCCAGUCACCAGUGAGACCACAUCGACCUUCAGGAAAUUCUUCACCCAAGGAUGGGCCGGCUGGCGGAAAAAGACGAGUUUCAGGAAGCCAAAGGAGGAGGAACUGGAAGCUUCUGAGAAGAAGAAGGAGCAAGAGCCAGCAAAGGCAGACACAGAGGAAAACGAGAAGCCAGAAGAUACCUCUGAGCAGCUCGCAGCUUCGGAGCAGCCCCAGAAGCCCGCGCAGGGUGCGGAGGAGGGCAGAUUAUCGGCCGACUACGAGAAGGUGGAGCUGCCCUUGGAGGAUCAAGUCAGCGGCGUGCAGAGCCCUUCUGCAGAGAAAUGUGCUCCACUGGCAACAGAGGUAUUUGAUGAAAAAGUAGAAAACCACCAGGAAGUUGUUGCCGAAGUCCACGUUAGCAGCAGAGAGAAGGAAAUAGAGGCGCUAGAAGCAGACAUGGGAGAAACACAAGCCUUGCCAUCUGAAAAACUGCCAGAAACCAAUGCUCAGGAGACCCAGGAAGCUGAACUCGCUGAGACGCUGGAGAAGACCAAAGAAGCGUGUGCCUCGGGCGGAGACCCCAGCCGGCCGACAGAGCUGAGUCCCGACGAGAAGGUGUCACCCAAACACCCCGAGAGCGUCGUGAGCGACGUGGCCACGCUGUCAUCACAAGACAGAGUCAAGGUGCAGGGAAGCCCCCUAAAGAAACUGUUCUCUAGCAGUGGCUUAAAGAAGCUUUCUGGGAAGAGACAGAAGGGGAAACGAGGAGGAGGUGGAGGAGGAGACGAGGAGUCAGGGGAAAAUCAUCAAGGCGCGGCGGAGUCUCCGGAUAGUGCCGAUGAGCAGAAGGGCGAGAGCUCGGCUUCAUCCCCGGAAGAGCCCGAGGAGAUUACGUGUCUGGAGAAGGGGAUCGCAGAGGGGCAGCACGAAGGCGAGGCCGAGGAAGGAACCACUUCCGACGGAGAGAAAAAGCGAGAGGGCGUCACUCCCUGGGCGUCAUUCAAAAAGAUGGUGACCCCCAAGAAGCGCGUACGCCGGCCUUCCGAAAGUGAUAAGGAAGACGAGGUGGAGAAGCUCGACAAGGUCAAGAGUGCCACCUUGUCUUCCACGGAGAGCGCAGCCUCUGAAAUGCAGGAAGAGAUCAAAGGCACCGGCGAAGAGCAGAAGCCCGAAGAGCCGAAGCGCAAGGUGGACACAUCGGUGUCUUGGGAGGCAUUGAUCUGCGUGGGGUCCUCCAAGAAAAGAGCGAGGAAAGCGUCCUCUUCUGAUGAGGAGGGAGGACCAAAAGUGGUGGGAGGAGAUGCCCACAAAGCAGAGGAGGCUGCCAGAGACAAAGAGACGGCUGCCGACUCGGGCCUGGCUGGCGCCCAGGAGCCGGAUCAAGGGCAGGGAAGCUCCUCCCCUGAGCCGGCGGGAAGCCCCUCCGAAGGGGACGGUGUUUCCACCUGGGAGUCAUUUAAAAGAUUAGUGACCCCAAGAAAAAAACCCAAGUCAAAACAGGAAGAGAAAAGCGAAGAAUCUGGUGUUGAGCAUUCAGCUUCCGAUGUUGAACCUGGGAAAGAAGAAUCUUGGGUUUCAAUUAAGAAGUUUAUCCCUGGACGGCGGAAGAAAAGGUCGGAUGGGAAACAAGAACCAGCCACCGGUGGAGACACGGGGCCCACCGAAAUCAAUGAAGAGGACUCUGAUGUCCCGGCCGUGGUGCCUCUGUCCGAAUAUGACGCUGUGGAAAGGGAGAAGAUGGAAGCUCAGCAAGCCUCCCAAAGUGAGGGUCUGUCUGAGCAGCAGGUGGGUGUGGAUGUGCCCGAGACACUCAGUCAGAAGCUGGCGCCUUGUGUGACAGUGGCUAUGGUCGAUGGGACAAGGGCAGUUACAAGUGUGGAAGAACGGUCUCCUUCUUGGAUAUCUGCCUCUGUGACGGAACCGCUUGAACAGGCACAAGAUGAAGCCACACCAUUAACUGGGGAGGUGACUGAAAGCGAAGUAACAGCAGAAGAAACAGCCACAGCCACCCAGACUGUGCCCGAGGUCAGAGAGACCCCCAGUGACACGAUCACUAGCAAAGUGGAAUUAGCUGCUGAGACAGUGACCGCUGCAGAUCCUGCUGAGGUGCUCUGCGCCACUGAAGAGGCCACUGAAACAUCGGCUGCAGAAGAGACCACAGAGAUGAUUUCUGCAGUUUCCCAGCUCACUGACUCCCCCGACACCACCGAGGAAGCCACCCCCGUUCAGGAGGUGGAAGGCGGUGGGCUAGAUGCAGAAGAACAGGAGCGGCAGACUCAGGCCAUCUUACAAGCAGUUGCAGAAAAAGUAAAAGAGAAGUCACAGUUGCCCAAUAGCAGCAGGGCUGAAGAUGUGACACUGGUCAUGCAGAGAGCAGAACCAAAAGUCCUGGAGAAGGUGGAGGAAGCACAAGAAGAUGCUGAAGCAGUAGUGCUGAGAGUAAACGUCCAGAAAACAAAAACUGAGCAUUUUACAGAAGGGGAGGUAGCAGUGCAGGCUGCCCCUGAGGGCUGUGAGGAAGUUCAGGUCUCAAUGAGUACAGAAGCUGGGGAGCUUGUAACCAUGUGCCAAUCUGAGGACUUAGCUGGGGUGCAGCCCCCCGAGCAGCCUGUUCUCCCUGACUCAGCAGAAACCCUGACCGACAGUGAGACCAAUGGAAGCACCCCGGUGGCAGAUGUUGAGGUGCUAGACACAAUACAGCAAGAUGAGGUCACAGACGAGCAAGAGAACCAUGUGGUUGCUUCUGAUACCCAGUCACUGGUUGGGUCUGCAACACUGCCUGCUGUACAAUCCCAGGAAGAAUGUAAAGAACAAUUAAAACCAAAAGAAGGUCUAGAACCUAAGGAUCAAGAGCUGUCAGGGGAGGCCAUAACCAUAAUAUCCAAGACUGACGUGUUUCAAGAGUCCUGCCAGCUUGCUGACGGAGAAGCUAGAGACAGACCAUGCAUUGGUGGCCUUGUCGCCUCUACACAUGUGGCCAGUCAGGAAAAAGUCACUGAAGUUCCCUUUAGAGGUGAACUGCCUGAAGGAGCAGAAUGUCAGAAGAAUGGUAACACAGAAUUCCAGAGUGCAGGCCCAGAAGAAGGAGAGGGCAUAGCUCGGGAGGAAAAAGAGAAAGGUGAUGCAGAGAGGGCACAAGACGGUGAAGAAAAAGUUGAGUCCAAAUCAGUUGAAGGGCUCCAUCAGCAGCUAGUCCAGACAGCAGAUGUGCGCCCCGCAGAUGGGGAGAAGGAAAUAAGCAGCUCUGAAGGAAGUGCUCCUCCUCCUCCUCCAGAUGAAGAGGGAGCAGGAUGUGUCGACACUCAAGGCCAGGGCCCCAAGGCCCCUGUGAUGGCCACAGCCGCAGCAGUGGGGGAGGAGGUCCUAGGAGACACUGGCAGGAUUUCAGGGCCUGCGGGUGCACACCUGGGACCAGCAGAAAGGUCCUCUGGAGAAGACGAGGUCUGGAGUCCGGUCAGAGUGUCAGCCAUGCCUGAGAAAGACCUGCCCCAGGCCCUGGAGGGAGAGGAAAGCACAUUUCAGGAACAGAAAGCGGAUGAGGGCGAGUGGGGCCGUGGAGCAAGCCCAGCCGCCCAGGGCAGCCCGCAGGCCGAGAGCCAGAUCUUGGAACUUGAGACUGAGAGCAGUAAGCUCGUGCAAGACAUCAUCCAGACAGCUGUGGGCCGGGUCUCCCGGACCGAGGAAUCGGUGUCUCAGGCCGAAGCCUUUCCGUCUGACACAGCCACCGAGGCUCCCCUGGCACCGGCUGACAGCCAGGAAGCCAGACAGCUGGCAUCUGUGCGGGAUGAGAUGCAAACUACAGCCACCCCACCUGAGUCCCAGCCUGCCACCCAAACACCUGAGCUUCCUGAUGCCGCCGAAGAUGGGAACGGAGCUUCAGCAGAGACCCUGGCAGCCGAGGCUAAAGGUUCUGGUGUGGACCAACAGCAGCUGGAAGAGGGGGUGUGCCCAGCCGGGGCAGAGAGCAGUGCAGCGAAGCCCACCCAGUCAGGAGAAAAAAUAGACAAGUCACCUCCUGGCUCCCAAGGCCACGAAGAGGAGGAUCCCACCCAGGAGCCCGAGGACCCCAACACAGCCCAGACAGACACGGAGGCCCUGGGAGCCUGCACCAAAGAGUCCUCAGACACCAACGGACCAAAACUAAUGGAGAAGGAAGCAGGAGCUCAGGGAGAGAAGGAGCACAGAGAGUCGGAGAAGGACCUGGAGUCCAGGAAGGCUGAGAGCGAGCCGGCCGAGUCCUAAGGUGCUUUAAUGUCGUUGGAUACUUGCAGGACCAGAAUGUGAAGACAAGUCACGGAAGAAAAUGCUGCUGCUGAGACUCAAGACCCGGUAGUUCAGAACUUGGAGAACCAGAGAGCAGGCGCACCCGCUGAUCUCACACACAUAGCACCCCAACAAUCCUGAGGCUUCAUCGGGAGCUACAGCCAUAUGACACUGCCCUUUGUUCAAGACCACCUAUUAUUUUUCCUUGAAGUCAUAUGAUAUUUCUGAGUUGAGGUCCUAAUUUCUGACCUGGAACUGGAGUUGGCAACAUCUUCUCAAACUGGAGUACCGUCCUUUAUGUAUUUAUGUGUCUGGAGUAAUCCUCUUUCUUUAUCUAUUGUAUGUUUUGGCUUUUUGUUUUGUUGUGUUUUAUUUUUCUUUAAAGACAUGUGCAGCACCGUACAUGCCUUUGGUUAUCUUACAACAUUGGGCAGGGCAUGCGGCUUGUGGUGAGGCCCUGGCAAGUUUAAUGCCUCAUUCUGACCUGUGAAAAACAGCUCUCAACAAGUAACAUUCCUGGUGAGAAGGUACAAUUCUUACUCUGAAAAUUCACUAAAGCUUAGAUCCAUGCUCAGUAGUACUCAGAAACUGGUCACUUGCCUAUUAUGCACAGUGAGCUAAAAAUAAAAAGCAUUUUGAAACACACAGAAUGUUCCAUUGUUACUGUGAAAUUUUUCUUUUAGUUCAGCAGAGGUUGGAAGCUUUUUUUCAUGAGCUGAUGAAGUCUUAAGUCUUUCCUCCUAAUUGUUAAAAUGGCUUGGACAGAUGAGUGUGCUUAAUUCUGAGGCAGCAUAGUGAAAUGCUUUUCAUGUUAUAUAGAAAGAAUUGGCUAUUGUACGUUGUUGAUUCCGCUCUUAUAAUCUGGACCGCAUUCGCCCACAGAAUGAAACGAGUCAAGUCCCCUUCUUUAUAAAUGGUAUUUUGAUAGAUACUGGAUUGUGUCUUGUGUCAUACUUGUGCCCUUUCUUUUAAGAACAAUGUUGCAUUAUGUUCAUUUGGAUAAACUGUGAUUUAACAACUGAUUUAAAUAAAAUACUUGGCUUUCA